CUCUUGGGAGACCAGUACUCCACCAAUUCUCUGGGACACCAUUUCCCACAUCUCUCUCCUUAAAAAGCCAAAGAGAAAGAGAGAGAAAGAGAGAGAGAGAGAGAGACAAGGGAAGGAAGUGUUAAGAAUUGUUGGAGAGGAAAGUGAGAAACAGAGGAUUUGACUUGUGUAUCUUCAAACCUCCCAACAACCCCAUUUACUCUUCUUUUUUCAUUCUCUCUUUCCCUACCACCGAAUUGAUCAAGUUUGUUGUAACCUUGUAAUCCAAGAAACCCCAUAUAAGUUCCAUUUUCUUGUGAACCAAUCAUCAGUAUAGAAAGAAAAGAAAAAACAUGGACGGAAUUGAAAGAAAGAGAGGUUCGGAAAGGCGGCGGAGCCAUAGCUUUGGCAGAAGCGUAAGCAGAAGCAUGAGCAGAGCAAGCUGGAGCAUGGAGGAAGUAUUUUCAACAGGAAGGCAUUCUCGAAGAAGCAGUCAGGUCGACGAAGACGAAGAAGCUCUCAGAUGGGCUGCCAUUGAAAAACUACCCACAUAUGAUCGGCUUCGGACCAGUGUCAUGAAAACUUUCAUGGAAAAUGAGAUCCAAGGAAACAAACUAGUUCAGCACAGAGAAGUUGAUGUUCGAAAGCUCGACAUCGAUGAUAGACAGAGAUUCAUUGAUACGAUCUUUAAGGUUGCUGAAGAAGAUAAUGAAAAAUUCUUGAAAAAGUUCAGAAACAGAAUUGAUAAGGUUGGGAUCAAACUUCCAACAGUUGAAGUUAGGUUUGAGCAUUUGACAAUUGAAGCAGACUGUCAUGUUGGGAGCAGAGCACUUCCUACACUCCCAAAUGUUGCUAGAAACAUAGCAGAAUCAUCACUAGGAUUGUGUGGGAUUCAAUUGGCAAAGAGAACAAAACUUACAAUUCUCAAAGAAGCCUCUGGAAUUAUUAAACCAUCGAGGAUGACUCUUUUGUUAGGACCUCCAUCUUCAGGAAAAACAACCCUUUUGCUUGCUUUGGCUGGAAAGUUGGACCAGAGUUUAAAGGUGAGUGGUGAAGUAACUUAUAAUGGGUACAAGCUUAAUGAAUUUGUGCCACGGAAGACUUCUGCAUAUAUUAGCCAAAAUGAUGUUCAUGUUGGAGAAAUGACUGUCAAAGAAACACUGGAUUUCUCAGCCAGGUGCCAAGGGGUUGGGACCCGAUAUGAACUCCUUUCUGAGCUUGCCAAAAGGGAAAAGGAAGCUGGCAUAUUUCCAGAGGCAGAUCUAGAUCUUUUCAUGAAGGCAACUGCAAUGGAAGGGGUAGAAAGCAGUCUCAUCACCGACUACACUCUUAGAAUUCUAGGACUCGAUGUAUGCAAGGACACCAUUGUUGGAGAUGAGAUGCAAAGAGGGAUUUCGGGUGGGCAGAAAAAAAGAGUAACAACAGGGGAGAUGAUUGUGGGGCCCACAAAAACAUUGUUUAUGGAUGAGAUAUCGACCGGUCUAGACAGCUCGACCACAUUUCAAAUUGUCAAAUGUCUGCAGCAGAUCGUGCACCUAACCGAGGCCACCGUGUUGAUGUCACUACUCCAGCCGGCUCCUGAGACGUUCGAUCUGUUUGAUGAUAUAAUCCUCUUAUCCGAGGGCCAGAUAGUCUACCAGGGCCCACGAAAGCACAUACUCGAGUUCUUCGCGGGCUGUGGAUUCCGGUGCCCCGAAAGGAAAGGAGCCGCUGAUUUCUUACAAGAGGUUACAUCAAGGAAAGACCAAGAGCAAUAUUGGGCCGACAGAAGCAAGCCCUACCGAUACAUAUCGGUGACCGAAUUCGCGAACCGGUUCAAGAGGUUCCACGUGGGAAUGAGGCUUGAGAACGAGCUUUCGGUCCCAUAUGAAAAGACACGUGGCCACAGAGCAGCAUUAGUGUUCUCCAAAUAUUCAAUUCCCAAAACGGAACUUCUAAGAGCAUGUUGGGACAAAGAAUGGCUGCUGAUAAAGAGGAACUCGUUUGUUUAUAUAUUCAAGACGGUCCAAAUUAUUAUAGUGGCGAUUAUAGCCUCGACCGUGUUCUUGAGGACCAAGUUGCACACGAAGACCGAAGAAGAUGCUGCAUUGUACAUUGGUGCAUUGUUGUUUUCCAUGAUCAUCAACAUGUUUAAUGGUUUCUCCGAGCUUUCAUUGACCAUUGCUAGACUCCCUGUGUUUUACAAGCAAAGAGACCUCCAUUUCCAUCCUGCUUGGACUUUCACUCUCCCAACUGUUCUCCUUCGGAUUCCCAUCUCUGUUUUCGAAUCUAUCGUUUGGAUGGUCUUGACCUAUUAUACCAUUGGGUUCGCACCUGAAGCUAGCAGGUUCUUCAAGCAGCUAUUGCUGGUAUUUCUGAUACAACAAAUGGCGGCUGGGAUUUUUAGAUUGAUUGCUGGGGUUUGUAGAACUAUGAUCAUUGCCAACACCGGUGGGGCUCUCAUGCUUCUUCUUGUUUUCUUGCUUGGAGGUUUUAUAGUUCCUCGAGACCAAAUUCCGAGUUGGUGGAAAUGGGGUUAUUGGGUUUCACCUAUGUCAUACGGUUUCAAUGCAUUUGCUGUGAACGAAAUGCUUGCUCCAAGGUGGAUGAACCAACGGACUUCAAACAACGCUACCGUGGGCAUUGCCGUGCUCAAGAACUUUGAUGUUUACACUGAAAGGAACUGGUUUUGGAUUGGUGCUGCAGCUCUUCUGGGAUUCACAGUGCUCUUCAAUGUCCUUUUCACACUUGCCCUUAUGUACCUAAAUCCACUUGGAAAACCACAAGCCAUAAUAGCUGAAGAAGCUGCAGAAGAGAUAGAGUCAGAACAAGAAGAAUCUAAGGAAGAACCAAGACUCCGAAGACCCAUGUCAAAGAAAAAUUCGUUUUCUCGAUCAUUAUCUGGAGCUGAUGGAAACAAUUCCAGAGAAAUGACUCUCCGACGAAUGAGCAGCCGCUCCAAUCCCAGUGGAAUAAGUAGAAAUGCUGAUUCGUCUCUUGAGGCAGCCAAUGGUGUUGCCCCCAAGAGGGGAAUGGUUCUUCCAUUCACUCCUCUUGCAAUGUCCUUUGACAGCGUUAACUACUAUGUGGACAUGCCCGCUGAAAUGAAGGCACAAGGAGUAACAGAGGACAGGCUCCAACUUCUUCAGGAAGUGACAGGUGCAUUUAGGCCAGGAGUCUUGACUGCACUAAUGGGAGUCAGUGGUGCUGGAAAGACGACUUUGAUGGAUGUUUUAGCUGGAAGGAAGACAGGAGGUUACAUUGAAGGCGAUAUUAGAAUUUCUGGGUUCCCCAAAAAACAAGAAACCUUUGCAAGGAUUUCUGGUUAUUGUGAGCAAAAUGAUAUUCAUUCUCCGCAAGUCACUGUGAGAGAAUCCUUGAUCUACUCAGCUUUCCUUAGGCUCCCUAAAGAAGUCAGCAAUGAGGAAAAGAUGAUUUUUGUGGAAGAAGUUAUGGAAUUGGUGGAGCUAGACUCCCUCAAGGAUGCUAUAGUGGGGCUUCCAGGGAUUACAGGGUUGUCAACAGAACAAAGAAAGAGACUGACAAUUGCAGUGGAGCUUGUUGCUAAUCCCUCUAUCAUUUUCAUGGAUGAACCAACAUCAGGUCUUGAUGCCAGGGCAGCUGCCAUCGUUAUGAGGACUGUGAGGAACACUGUUGACACUGGAAGAACAGUUGUGUGCACAAUUCACCAGCCUAGCAUUGAUAUCUUCGAAGCCUUUGAUGAGCUCCUAUUGAUGAAAAGAGGUGGACAAGUGAUCUACUCUGGACCACUGGGUCGAAACUCUCACAAGAUCAUUGAGUACUUUGAGGCAAUUCCUGGGGUGCCAAAAAUUAUACCGAAGUACAACCCAGCAACAUGGAUGCUUGAAGUUAGUUCAAUCGCAGCUGAAGUUCGCCUUAAAAUGGACUUUGCUGAAUACUACAAAUCAUCAUCCUUGCACCAGCGAAACAAGGCUUUGGUAAAGGAACUUAGCAUAUCACCCCCAGGGGCAAAAGACCUAUAUUUCCCCACACAGUAUUCUCAGUCAAUAUGGGGACAGUUCAAAUCUUGCCUGUGGAAGCAAUGGUGGACUUACUGGAGAAGUCCUGAUUAUAAUCUUGUUAGAUACUUUUUCACUUUGGCUGCUGCCCUUUUGCUGGGAACCAUUUUCUGGCAAGUUGGAACUAAAAGGGAUAGCACAGCUGAUUUGACAAUGAUCAUCGGAGCUAUGUAUGCUGCUGUACUGUUUGUUGGAAUUAAUAACUGCUCAACAGUGCAGCCAAUUGUAGCCGUUGAAAGAACAGUAUUCUAUCGAGAAAGAGCUGCUGGAAUGUAUUCUGCUUUACCUUAUGCUAUGGCACAGAUAAUAGUAGAAGUACCAUAUGUGUUCAUUCAAACAACAUAUUAUACACUCAUUGUGUAUGCCAUGGUGAGCUUCCAAUGGACAGUAGCAAAAUUCUUCUGGUUCUUCUUCGUCACAUUCUUCUCCUUCCUAUACUUCACAUAUUAUGGAAUGAUGACUGUUUCAAUCACACCAAACCACCAAGUAGCAGCUAUCUUUGCAGCAGCCUUCUAUUCACUCUUCAAUCUCUUCUCUGGCUUCUUUAUUCCCAAACCAAGAAUUCCCAAGUGGUGGAUUUGGUAUUAUUGGAUUUGCCCGGUAGCUUGGACCGUAUAUGGAUUGAUUGUGUCACAGUAUGGUGAUGUUGAGGCCCAAAUUAGAGCUCCUGGACUGACAUUUGAACCCACUAUUAAGUGGUAUGUAGAAAACCAUUUUGGAUAUGAUUCAAAUUUCAUGGGACCUGUUGCUGCAGUUUUGGUUGGAUUCACUGUAUUCUUUGCCUUCAUGUAUGCUUACUGCAUCAAAACUCUCAACUUCCAAGUGAGAUAGAAGAAGAAGAUGAAAUGGACUGCUGUAAAUACUUCUUCAUAGUUAUAUAUUUACCUCUUAGGAUUGGAAGUGGCAAUAUAAUCAGCCUUGAAUUGUCCUUGAUCCGGCUAGUUGGUAAAGUUAUAUGGAAUAUAAUUUUGGGACGUUUAUAUAGGUAUAUAUAUGUAAAUUUGUUGAUUAAUAUGUCCUAAUGUGUUGAUGAUCAUGAUGGUAAUGAUGAUGAUGACGCAGAAGAAGAAUAUAUAGUUUUGACAAAAUUUUGUCGUUCGCAACGUCUGAAAAUUGUAGAUUGUAUAAUUUUCUUUUUAAUUAAUUACCCUUAAAGAACGACUUUUUCCUUAAGUUCUUAGAAAUAUUGUCAAUGCAUGCGCUGUUACAUAUACUUUCAGUCAUGCAUAUAAACGUCAAAUAUAUGGUUAAGCUGGAAACAUUUUUUUUCUUU